AUGGUCGUGGCUUGCCUGUGGUCCACCAGUGAUGCUGUGGUACAGGUCGCUCGGCGGAGCGACGACUUUGUGGGCACCAUUGGGUUCAACACGCACUUUCACUACUCGAACAUAUGCUACAACGAGGGCUAUGAAAGGUUCAAGGCGCUCUUCCUCGCCCUCGGUGCUCGCCACAUCCGUGACAGCCUCCUCAACACAACUUGGAAAACGUACUACGAUCGCCUGAACGAGAUGGGGAGAGCCGGAGUGAAGAGCCAGCUGCUCGUAGACUACGAUGUCCCUGCAGAACAGAUCACCUCCCUGCCCUUGCGCGUGCUCGACUCGAUGGAGCUCUACGAGGGACCCAACGAACUUGACAUUCGUCGCAAUUUUGAGGGAGACUGGGCCACCACCCUGCAAAACUUCACCAAAGUCCUUUGGAACGCGCACAACAACUCCUACCCGGUGGUCGGGCCCUCGCUGACCAGCGAGGCGGCCUACACGAAGCUGGGCGACGUGAGCCAGUACGUCGACUUCGGAAACAUGCACAAUUACUUCAGCGGACGUCACCCGGGCACCAAGGGCUGGGGAGGUCCGAGCGCCGCAGGCUAUUGCUGCUACGGCAGCAUCGGCUUCAACAUGAACGUCACGGCCCUCUCGAGCGGCGACAAGCCCAUCGUGUCGUCGGAGACAGGUUACACCACCGGCUCCCCGCGGCCGUCGAAGAGCGGCCAGAUCCCGUUCGACGUGCAGACCAAGUAUGAGCUGCGCAUGUUCGCCAUGCAGUUCAUCCGGGGCGUCGAGCGCACGCUUCACUACGAGUUCUGCGACUUCGCCGACGACCCGGGCAUGUACGGCAUCGUUGCGGUCGACCCCGAGGAUCCCUCCAAGCUCACGCCCAAGCCGGCCUACCACGCUCUCUACAACCUCAUCCGCCUUCUGGCCGACCCCGGCCCCGCCUUCACUCCCACUUCCCUGUCAUACGAGGUGGCAGGAGCUCCUUCGUCGUUCCAGAGUUUGAUUCUCCAGCGACGCGAGGGCACGUUCAUGGUGCUGCUGUGGCUCGAGGAGGCCACUUGGCUGCUCCCGGCCAACAGCUCGGGCGUGUACGCCAACGUCACGUCAGCCGACGUCGCUGUCCGUCUGCCGGGCGGGCGCAACGCGUUCAGCGCCUCGGCCACGGUCUACAGGUUCAACCCGUCGUCGGGCUGCAUGACCGCCACGGCCACCCGCCUGACCGCCGCCAACUCGAGCGCCAACGACCUCGUCACCCCGUCGCUCCAAGUCGACGACUCGAUCCUCGUCCUCCAGCUGAACCCGACAACCAGCUCCGCCGGCGCCGUCUACAAACCGGCCGCCGACGCCAAACUCUGUCCGUCCGACGAACUCCCCUCCAGCGCGUCACGGCUCGCCUCGCCUUACGUGAAGUCGCUCAUCUUUAACUGGUGA